CUGUGUGUGUGUCUCUGUGUCUGUGUGUGUCCCCACCUCCGUCCGUUCCUGACAGGAGGACAAUGAGGCCCUGAGGAGCUCCGGCUGCUCCGCUGAAGGAAACGGGCUCCGGUUUCCUCCUGCCGGCCCUGCCCUGGCUCCAGACCAUGGGCAUGUCUGCGGAGGACCAGCACGCCGCCAGCCCCAGAGACGAGGAAUGGCCGGAAGUGGAGAAGGCUGAGAAACUGGCCAGGGGAGCUGCUCUGAAAUGGGCUUCAGGGGUGUUUUACCGCCCAGAGAACCUGGAGGGGCUGGGGCAGUACCGGAGCAGAGAGACACAGAGGAACAGCUCCAUCCAGUCCCGCCUGAAGUCCACCGUGCAGUCCUACCUGGAGGGGGUCAGCGUGGGGCUGGAGCAGCUGCGCGGGGCGGCGCGGGAGGCGCGGAGCGUGUGCCGGGAGCUGGGGGCCGCGCGCUGGGCCCUGCUGGACUGCGCCGAGCUCCGGCAGCGCCUGCGGCCCCUGCGGGCGCUGGGGGCCGAGCACCUGCAGCUGGCCUCGGUGGUCCAGCUGCUGCCCCAGCUCUUCUCGGUCCAGGAGGUUUGUUCCCAUACCCUGCAACUGCUCCGUGGGCAGCAGCUCCUGGAGGCCCACGUAGAGCUCAUGAUGAUGGAGCACCUCCGGGAUGACAUCCUCUCCCAGCUGCACCUCCGCGGGCUCUCCAGCGCCCAGGCAACCGUGCUGUCCUACUUUGGUGGCCUGCAGGAGCUCAACAAGAGCCUGGCCAAGCAGCUGUGGGACAUCGUGGGCAGCAGCUUGAGGCUGGUGCGUGAGGACCCGGUUCUCUUUGUCACCGCUGUCAGGAUCAUCGAGCGGGAGGAGAAAAUAGACAAUACUCUGCUCCUGGAGGGCACCUUCCUGCCCCCUGGCCGCCCCAAGGGCUGGAGGCAGAAGUUUUAUCACGUUCUUCAGGAUACCAUCACAGGAUCCCUCUUCCACGCUGCCCGCGCGGACGCUGAGGGGCCAGGGCUGGCCAGGCACCUGGCAGCGCUGCAGAAGGACAUCGUGUCCCAGCUGCGUGUGGUGAAGGAUCUGAUGGUCCAGUGUGUCCCAGCUCACUAUGACAUCCUCAACGUCUGCACCGCUACCUACCACCAGACCCUCAGCAGCCACCUCCAGGACAUCCUUCGAGAGAACCUGGACAAACAGGGGCUCUUCCUCCUCCUUGAGUGGGCUCUUCAUGUGUAUCACAGCUCAGAGAUGAUGGGUCACCCUGACCUUCUCCCAGAAGUCGAUGUUUCUUCUCUGGGUCCCUUGAUGUCCCCUGAGCUUGUGGAUCAGACAGAGAGGAAAUACGUGGUGAAAGUCAAGGCUAGUGUGCUCGAGUGGAUGCAGAGGACCUUGGAGGUUGAGUUCAAGGAGUGGUUCAGGGAAGAGGAACCUGAGACAGACCAUCAAGGUUUCUUCCAGUCAGCCCUGCCUGUCAUUGUCAUGCAGAUGCUGAAUGAGAACAUCCAGGUGGCCUCCUUGAUCACUGAGUCUCUGCAGCAGAAGGUCUACAACAUGGCCAUGGAGGAGCUGGAGGCAUUUCUGGGCCGCCUGCGGGACGCCCUGGUGCGCUGCGGGAAGGAGCACCAGAAGGACCGAGCCCUGCCCAAGCACUACACCUCCUACCUGCUGGCCAUGCUCAACAACAACCUGGCUCUCAGCUCCUCUGUCUCCUCCCUGCACCCCGACUCUGCCCGCAGAGAAGUCCCCGCAUCCCUCCAGGCUGCCCUAGACAGGACUGAGAAGAAGGCCUGCCAGCUGCUGCUGGAGGAGCUGCUCCUGGACCUGCAGCCCCUCUGCCUGCAGCUGCCUUCCCGCAAGUGGCUCUCGGGGUCCCAGCUGGUCAGCAGCAUGUGUGAAGUGAUCGACAAGUACACCAAGGACUUCUCCCACCUCAGGAAACCCGUCUUCACCGUCCUGCUGAUGGAGACCGAGCUCCUGGUGACCAGCCAGUACCUACGGGCACUCAUGCAGAAGAAGAUGGUUUGCAAGAGCGCGGAGGAGCGGGGCCAGCUCUGCCAGCGCCUGCUGCAGGACGCCACGCAGCUGCGGGAGCUCUUCUGUGGCCUGGGUCUGGACAGGAGCCAGCAGAGCCUGGAGGCCAUUUUUGCCCUGCGGGAGCUGAUCUGCCUCAAGGACCCUGCACUGCUCAGCCUGGAGGUGCUGGGCUUCAUCACCAAGUACCCUGACAUCAGUGACGAGCACAUCUCCACCCUGCUGGAUCUGCGGGGAGACGUCUCCAGGGAGGUGCGGCACGUGGUGCUGGAGAUGAUGGGGCAGCACCCCCAGGUCCUGCCCCAGUCCUACAGGCCCAUCUUCAGCACCAUCCUGGUCCCUGCACCGGAGCUGCCCUUCUGCCUGGGCAAGGGCAAGUGUGCCUGACACUGCCCCACGGACCUGCCUGCCCCCCACGGACCUGCCUGCCCCCCACGGACCUGCAGACCACUCAGGACAUCUGCAUGGAUGGAGGUGACACGUGGGGUGGAGGUGACACGUGGCAUCCCUCCUGCACAGCAUCUCUCCCCGUGCUGGGGACAGUCUGGGGAUGUGCCAUCCUCUGGCCUCCCCCAGCAGGCUGUCCCCUGCCAGCACCAGCCCCAGGAGAGCUGCUGAGGAGAUAGAUAACUGGUUGGCUGGGGCAGGCAGGGCUGCUCAGGUCUGGCCUGCAGGAGAACGAGGGGCCACCAGAAAAGAGCAGGAGUCUGCACAGUGGGGGUGAGCCCAGGUCUCCGUGGGGCUGGAGAGAUGUUUGGGGUUCCCUGAGUAUCACAGAAUCACAGGAUCACAGCAUGUCAGGGCUUGGAAGGGACCUCCAGAGACCACCGAGUCCAACCCCCCUGCCAGAGCAGGACCAAAACCAGGGCAGGGCACUCAGAAAGGCAUCCAGACAGGUCUGGAAAGUCUGCAGAGAAGGAGCCUCCAGCAGCUCUCUGGGCAGCCUGUCCCAGGGCUCUGUCACCCUCACAGCAAAGAAGUUCUUCCUCAUGUUGAGGUGGAACUUCCUGGGCUCCAGUUUGAAUCCAUUGCCCCAUGUCCUGUCCCAGGGCACAAGUGACAAGAGCUUGUCCUGCCUUCUUGCUGCCCUCAUGGAUUGAUAGACAUUCAUUAGAUCCCCCCUCAGGCUUCUCCUCUCCAGACUGAACAGCCCCAGGUCUCUCAGCCUCUCCUCCUCAGGCAGAUGUUUGGUGUAUCCCCACAGCCCUCUGAGCCAGGGUGUCCUGGCCAUGGAGCCUGUUACCACCCUGGAGCUCUGCUAGACCCAGGCUUGCAGGAGGGUUUGAGGUGAGGUCUUCCUCAGCCCAGAGGGCUGGUGUUGCUGCUCCCCCAGCCUGGGCCCUGCAGGGAUGGUGGAGAGCAGCCCAGCUCAGCGUGGCUGGCUGCCACACAGGAGAAGGGCACAGGGGGUCUCACCACCCUGGGUGGUGCCAUCAACCCUGUCUCUACCAGCCUGAGGGGACAGCUCUGAGUUCCUGACCUGCCCAGCUCUCUUGCCAACAUCCAAGACAGUGCUGGAGUCCUUGAUCCUCCACCUCCUGGAGAAGAUGAACUGGGUCAUGCCUGGUGUGUUGAGCACCCUCUGGGACCAGCUCCCUCCAGCACUGCCCUGGGCACUGCCUUUCCACCCUCUGCUGCUGUCCAGCCCUUGGUCACCUAACUCCCCAGGUGAAGAUCAGGAGCAAACCCUGCAGCCUUGUGCCCAGCCCUGGCAGCACCCUGGGGACCUCCACACUCCACCAUGCUUGUGGCAGGCCUGGUCCUGCUGUCCUCGUGUGGCUCUACCACCAGAAAUAAAGGCCUGAGCCCUGCAGCCCCUCACCAGCGUCCAGGCUCUGCUCCCCAGCAGGUCAGGGAUGAGGGGACGUGGGUGGCACAGUGGGAUCCAUCCCCACACCCAGCGUCACCCCUGGGAUGGUUCCCCGCACCUGCUGCCAACCCGGGAGGGUCACCCAGAGGCUGAUGGUGCCACUGUGGCUCAUCCCUGUGUGUCCAGGAUGGUGAUGGGAGGUUUGGGGGAACCCUGCUGUUCCCCAGC